AUGCGUACAGAGGUUAUCAAGGCGGACACCAUUGAUGUGGCCGUCGAAAGGAUUCUCGUUGAACUUGGGAAACACACUACAAGCAGCAGAGAGAAUGCCAUCUAUUUUGAUGGCUGGGAUGGUCUUGGGGCAUCUUCCGUCCUGCAAGCCGUAGCCAAACGCCUUGAAGUAUCAAAUGAGCUGUCAAAGAGGCCUGCAGGGCUAGAGUUUGAGAAAAUCAUCCACAUUGACUGCUCAAAGUGGAAGAGCAGAAGAGCAAUGCAGAGGGAAAUAGCAGAGCAGCUGAACCUUCCCAACUGGGUGAUGGAGAUAUUUGACAAGCAAGAUGAGGAGGAUGAUUUCAAUGGAUUAGAUGAAGGCUCUCGAACUGAGAUAGCACAAGUUGUCAGAGAGAUCUAUCAAAGAACACAGAAUCAGAGAUUCUUGGUGAUCCUGCACAAUGGAAGCAGUGAGGAGAUUGAUAUAUUCGACUUCGGUCUUUCUUUAGAUCGAUAUUCUAGUAGCAAGAUGUUGUGGACUUUCCAAGGGAGGUUUCGGCUUGAUCCCAAGAUGAUAGACAGUGUGAAGAAGAGCACAACAACAGGUGUUCUUCUUUCAGCUUCAGGAGAUAGGCAAGAUCCACGGGAGCUUUGGUCAUAUCUAGUGAGCCACGAGGCUGCACAAGUUUCCAGCAAUAAGUAUGGCCAUGUCAUCAUCGAUCCAGCUAUUGCUGCUCAGUGCGUCUUGUAUAUGUUGAAGCAAUCUUGGAUUGGCUCUCGCAUCAUUGACUAUGACAGGGCUAUCCACACCAGUAACUAUUGGAUAUGCGAUGGCAUCAUUGCACUGACAGACAUUGACAGAGCAUGGAGAGUUGGUGAUGUUUUGCAGCAUGAGAUGCCAUUCUUGAACAUUGACACCCAUCUCAAGAAUGAUGAAUCAGCAGGAAUGGCUUCCUAUCACCUGGCAAAGUCUGCUGAGCACAUGCCGUACUGGAUAUCGACAACAACUUCAACUUCCGGAUUUGUAGUGAGCCCCUCCGGUGUAAUUCCUGAGAAUAUGUUUUCGCACUCGCACAUGCUCGGCGUGCUCAAGCUCUCAAGGUGUGCCUUCAGUUUCUCAUCGCCUCCAUUCCUCUGUUGCCACAGCCUGAGAUUCCUGUGGCUUGAACAUUGCCGAGACCUCGUAACAGGGAGAAGUACAACAGAUCAUCACCAUACAGAGGCAAACAAGGAGUUGGGCAACCGGACCACGACAUCGUGGGAAUGCUUCCAGAGCUUGUGGGUGCUUGACCUGCGCUACACAGGUUGGGAUCAGAUCUGGUCCACAAGGGUGAUGGAUCUAAUGACCCAGCUCAGGGAGCUAAACGUGAUGGGAGCUGAAAACUGGGACAUGAGCCAUUUGCGAGGACGGCUGCGUAACAUUCGCAAGUUCCGGGUAACAAAGUCCACGUGCUUCUUCAGUGACAACAUGCUCUCGGAGAUGGAAAAUAUGGAGCUUCUUGAUUUUCCGGGAAACAUCAUCAGACAAGGCAUGGCAAGCAACAGUAGCCUCAAGACCGUGAUUAUUGAUGAAUUUGAUGGUUUAAAAAAAUCUUUUAAGGGCAAUAUGGAAUUGAAGAACUUGUACAUGAAAAGAAUUUCGAGGGGUCUCGAGGAGCUGGACCUGUCGGAUACAAGUGUGAAAACUCUUGACCUCAGAGGAGUGGAAGCCAAAUCACUCCCUAAGCGGAUUAUCCUGCUAGGCUGCGAGAAGCUUGGCACAAUUGUAUGGGCACUGCGUGUGACAGAUGGAUGGUGGCCGGAAGUGCUGCACAUUGACACCACCUCAACAUUAACAUCAGCUUUUUUUUCUUUGCGAACAACAUUAACAUCAGCUUACGCAGGGGAGGCACCACUUGCACUUCCACAUGCUGAUCGAUCCCUCCAACAGUAUAAAGAAGAAACGUUUAAGGGUGGAUGGCGGAUUACUCUUACAGAAACAAGGCUUCUUAGGUCGCUUGCUUCUACUGCUACAUCGCUGCACGUGUAUGAUAACUCGUCCAUCACCAGUAUAUCUGCACCUCCCCAAGGACCAGGAUGGUAUGAUCUAGGAUGGUGCCCGGUUGAGAGGUGCCCCAAGUUGCGCACAGUCUUCGCCGUUCCCCAGCGCGGUGCUGUGUGUCGGUUUGGUUAUCCGCACACAUUCUGGGCAUCCCAGCUCCUUUCUGCACGCCACAUCUAUAGCAUGCCAAUAGAAGGUUAUUGUGAAUACGUGGAUUUCUUGCACCUGGACUACUGCCCCAGGCUCGUACAUGUGCUCUCGGUGUCCAUACGUCCAGGUGGAUUCAUGACCCAUUUGAUUACCCUAGAGAUAUUGUGGUGCGGAGAUCUUAGGCAGGUGUUCCCUUUGAGCCUUGAGCUUCAAGAGCAGGAUAAUAUUCUAGAAUGUCCCAUGCUGAGGCGCAUCCACCUGCACGAGCUCCCCAUGCUGCAUUACAUCUGUGGUCGUAGGAUAUUUGCGCCUAAACUCAAGAUCAUCAAGAUCAGGGGCUGCUGGAGCCUCGAGCGUCUGCCUGCUAUCGGACGCAACACCAAGCCGCCCAUGGUGGAUUGCGAGAAGGAAUGGUGGGACAACCUAGAGUGGGACGGGUUGGAGAAGUACCAUCACCCUUCCCUCUACAAGCCGAGCCACUCGGUGUACUACAAACCCCAGCUGCCCAGAGGCACCAUACUCAGGUGA